AUGAUGACUAACAGAAUUCCUAAAUCCACUGUAGAAGAAAUUCACAACAUACAACAUAAGUUUAUAUGGGGAGAUACAGAGGAGCAUAAAAAGAUCCAUGUAAUAUGUUGGAAUACCAUUACUACGUCCAAAAGUCAUGGUGGUCUAGGGUUAAGGAAUUUGGAGUCUCUGAAUAUAGCUUGCCUAAUGAAACUAGGCUGGAAUAUUGUGAGUAAUGAUAAGGACCUUUGCUGUGAAGUUUUGGGAGACAAGUAUAACUGUCAAGAAGAUCUGCAAUCUGUUAACUCGAAGGCAGGAGAUUCUAGCCUAUGGAAGGAGAUAAUUAAAGCUGAUAAGGAUGUCCGCAAGUUUGGUUAUUGGAAUGUUGUGGACGGCACGACUAUUCGUGCUUGGGAGGAUAAUUGGCUAGGGGAGGAGAUGCAACUUAGUGCCAUAAAACAUCUUAUUCCAACUGAGAUGGUGGGAGCUAAAGUGGUUGACUUGGUGAAUAAUCAAGGAGAGUGA